AAUAGAGUGGAUGAUAAGAGAAUAGAAAAAAAAAGAAUAAAAAGAAAGCAUAAAAGAAGAUAACAUAUUUCAUGCAUAAUAUAGAGAAUGGAACUUCAUAAGACACGAAGUACUUGUAAUUCUUGUUAUAAAAAAAGUUACCAGUUUCUCUAUUCAGCAUUUAGUUAGUAUGUGUCAAACAGUGUUAGUACUGGUAUAGAAAUCGUUGCGUCGUCAUCAUUUAGUUUUAUUAUCAUCGGUUUAUAUUGUAAAUAUUUUUUUUCUUGUAUGACGUGAAAAGAAAAAGAUUGGAAAGAAAAGGAGUAGAAAGAGCAACUAAAGGGAAAUUAAAGGGAAACUAAAGAGGAUUGAAGGGAAUAAUUAUCUGAUCGAAGAAAAUCGAGAGAGACUGACUCUUUCUUUCUUUUCCUCUCUUAAUAUCGUACGUAUGAAUUUUGUGAAAAUUUGAUAUUGUUUUAUUUAUUGUGAAAAAGGGCGAGUCGUCGAAAAUUAAAAGGAACACGGAAAAAAAAACAAAUAGAAAAGGAAAACAUAAAAGAAAAAAAGAAAAAGAAAAAAACGAAACGAACAAAAACAGAAGAAAAUGUAUCGAAAUAGAAUGACAAAUGUGAACGAAGAUUUAUUACGUGAACGACAAAAAUGUACUUUCGAUUCGAAGGAAUUAACUCUUUGGUUGAAUGGUACUUCUGAGAAAAUAGCUAUACGACAUGAAUUAGAAGAUACUUUUUUAAAUGAUCCCUUGUUGCAAGAUAAAGUUCCUGCAAAGUAUAAAAGUCAUAAGGAAACUUAUGAAGAUGCUAUUAGAAAAGGAUGCAUCGUUUUGGAUAAGUUACAAUAUCUACAAAGUAUAGGAAAGUCCGAUAUGCAUACUUAUAUACAAAUUUUAGGUGGAAUGUUAGGAUCGGCGAUAUUAAAAGAUGGAAAUCCAUUAACUUUACAUUUUGUAAUGUUCAUACCAGCAUUAUUGGGUCAAGCUACACCCGAACAACAAUCUAUUUGGUUAUCAAAGGCUUGGUCUUGCAGUAUUAUAGGAACUUAUGCUCAAACAGAGCUAGGCCAUGGAACAUUUAUUAGAGGCUUGGAAACUACUGCGACCUAUGACCCUGAAACAAAAGAAUUCAUAUUAAACAGUCCAACUUUAACAUCAUACAAAUGGUGGCCAGGUGGUUUGGGUCAAACUGCGAAUUACGCCGUAGUAGUCGCACAAUUGUACUCGCAAGGCGAUUGUAAAGGAAUACAUCCAUUUAUCGUACAACUCAGAGAUAUAGAAACGCAUGAACCUUUACCAGGUAUAAAAAUUGGAGAAAUUGGAACUAAAUUAGGAAUGAAUGCAACUAAUAAUGGUUUCUUAGGUUUUGAGAAUGUUAGAAUACCGAGAGAUCAUAUGUUAAUGAAAAAUUCUCAGAUAUUAGAAGACGGAACUUAUGUCAAAGCAACAAGCGAUAAAUUAACUUAUGGUACAAUGAUGUUUGUUCGAGUGGUAUUGAUACAAGAUAUUGCAAGUUAUAUUUCUAAAGCGGUAACCAUUGCUAUUAGAUACAGUGCAGUAAGGAGACAAAGUCAAAUAAAAUCAGAUGAACCCGAGUCACAAAUUAUCGAUUAUAUGACUCAACAAUACAAACUAUUUCCAAAUCUUGCGAUGUAUUUUGCGAUCAUUACGUCUGCAAAUUGGAUUUGGAAUAUGUAUAAUAAUGUGUCGGCUGAAUUGCAUCAGGGUGAACUUGAAAGACUCCCAGAAUUACAUGCACUUGCAUGUUGUCUGAAAGCAACAGCUUCAUCCGAUGGAGCAAGAGGUAUCGAGGAACUUCGACUUUCUUGUGGUGGUCAUGGAUACAUGGACUCCAGUAAUUUACCUGUUACAUAUGGUUUGGUAACAGCGGCAUGUACUUACGAGGGUGAAAAUACAGUAUUACUUCUACAAACUGCAAGAUAUUUAAUGAAAGUUUGGAGACAAGCUGUAAGAGGUAAUUCAUUACCACCUACAGUAGAAUACUUGUCUAAUAUAGCACGUGGAACAAAACAGGAACCUUGGGAUGAUAGUUUAAUGUGUAUCGUUAGAGCUCAUCAGGCAGUUGCUGCAGGAAAAAUUCAUCUGGCUUCUCAGAAUAUGGAUAGUAAAAUAAAAAAAGGUCGUUCCCCUGAGGAUGCCUGGAACGAAACUAGUAUUGAAUUAAUGCAGGCAGCUGAAUCACAUUGUCGUGCUUUCAUAGUAAUGAGAUAUGUCACGGCUAUCAAUGAGAUGACUACAGUAUCAAAAGAAUUGCAUAUUGUAUUAAAGCAAUUAUGUACAUUGUAUUGCACCUAUUGGGUAUUACAACGAAUGGGUGAUUUCUUAAGAUUCUCUAGCUUAAAAAAAGAAAAUAUACCGGGGUUACAAUCACAUUUGGAAGAAAUGCUAACAGCUAUUCGUCCUAAUGCUGUAGGCAUAGUAGAUGGUUUUGAUAUACCCGAUGAAAUUCUUGGAUCAGCAUUAGGAGCUUACGAUGGUAAUGUUUAUCAACGUCUUUACGACGAAGCUAUGAAGAGUCCAUUGAAUCAAGAAAAAGUAAACGAAUCUUUCCACAAAUAUUUGAAACCAUUUCUUAAAAGCAGAUUAUAGCGUAUAUGUUAAAUGUUAAAAAAAGGGAAGUAUGUUUUUCUUCUUUUCUUAAUCUGUUAAAAAAAAAAAAAAAAGAAAAAAAAAAAAAAGGAAAUUUUUCUAAGAAAAAUUAAUUAAAAUAAAUUAAUCCUUCUCGAUUAAUAGAUUAAAAGAUAUAGAAUGUGAUAAUGGUAAUAUGUAGAUUUUAUAUGCAUUUAUAAUAUUAUUGAAAUCAAAAUGAUUGAAUAAGAUGAAGAGAAGAAAGAGAAAAGAAAAGAAAAAUAGUUACUUCAUGUUAAUUUCUUUUUUUUUUUUUUUUGGUUUUUUUAUAUAUAUAUAUAUAUAUACUUACGAUUCUUUCUCUCUAUCACUCUUUCUCGGAAAGAAUUGUCUUAGAUUUUAUAUGGUGCUAGAAUCAUUGAUACAUUUAAUCUUAUCAUAAGACAAAGAUGAUUAUUUUUCUAUGUAUUUUUGGUAAAUCUUUAUCGAGGUGAAACAAUAAAGUAUAACUUUUUUGAAUAAUCCACAAUAUUCCCUUUCAUUAACUCGACGUUCUUAUUAAUUCAACAAAUUCAUUGACAAAUAUAUAUAUAUAUACACAUAUAUAUUUUUUUUUAUGUGUAUAUAUAUAUAUAUAUGUAUAUGUAUAUAGGAUGCUCUAAAUAAAAUGUUAAAAAUAAAUCUUGUCGAAAAAGAAAAAGAAAAAAAAAAUAAAUAAAUAAAACGUGAUCCAAAUAAAAGUGUUGCAAACUAUUUUCAUUGAAAAACAAAUGCAGUCCAAUUAAAAUGUUGCAAAUUAUUUUCAUCUAAAAAUAUAUGAUGUUUGAAAUAAAAUUUGUCUUGCAAAGAAUGUGUUACUGAAAAAAAAUUAUUAUUUUUUUAUAUAUGUAUUAAACAAUUAAUCCAUAGGAUGUCAUUAAAAAAUGUAAAUAGUUUGUAACACUUUCUUAACCAUUCCACAUAUAUAUAUGAUACAUAUAUAUAUAUAUAUCAUAUAUACACGCUCACACAUGCACGCACAAACACACACACACACCUACACACACAUAUAUAUAUAUAUAUAUAUAUAUAUCAAAUAAGUCCCUAAACUUCUCCUUACAGAAUACAAUAUUUAUUUACAGAAUAGGAGCGACGACAUACACUGUUUAAUUCUUUACGAUACUAAAUACGAUAAUAAUAAUAAUAAUUAUUGUUGUUAAUUCUUUGUUAAUCACAAUGAAUCAAUUAAUUCAAUAAUAAUAAUAAUAAUAAUAAUAAUUAUUAUUAUUUACGUACGCAACCCGCGAUAAUUAUAUUUUCAAAAUUCUAAUCUUGUCGUCGUACACAUGUUUUGCUACAUUGUACUUGGGCAGGAAUGUUAAAAGGCGAAGUUUUUUCUUUUCUUUUUCUUUCUUUCUUUCUUUUUUUUUUCUUUUUUUUUUUCUUUUUUUUUUAUAAUUAAAUCUGAAAGUAAUUAAUAAAAAAAAAAAAAACAAAAUAAAAUUAUAUACGAGGUCAAUGUCGCGGGCGAAGAAUGCAUGCGUACAUUAUUUCUGUAUACAUAUACAUAUACAUAUAUACAUAUUCACAUAUGUAUUCCUUUUAAUACACAAGUAUGUGAUAAAUAUAUAUAUAAAUAUAUGUCUGCAUGUGUGUGUGUGUGUGUGCGUG